CCUUGACCCUUCUCUUUUUCCUUCACUCAUCCCGCAUAGAGGGUUUCCCAUACUAAGCAAGUCAAUCUUAAAGUUUUCGGUUAUUCCCGCCCCCCCCCCUUUUGUGUGCAUUCAUUUCCCAAUUAUCAUUGAUUUUAUAUUAUGAAGCCUGCUUACACUAUCAAUACAUCAUCGCUUCACUCCAACGACAAGAUGGAUCCUCAUGCUCCUUUGACUCCGCCUGCAGAAAAACGACAAUUUAGUCCUACCGAGCGUAAACCGUCCGUGACCUUUGACUUUUCCAACUUGUCUGAUGAAACAGCGGCUGAAAAUUACGGAACGGAAAACGCUAAUAUGGAAACCCCUGCUUUGUUAUCCCCUCUAUCGCCUUUGCAACCCGCCGUGAGCGUGGAUAUCAAUGCACAGGCGGUACCGGACACGAUUCUUGUUGCACUUUUAGAUCGUGAAAAAGAAAUGCGCGAUUUGGUGCGACAUAACCAUCAAUUUUUCCAAUCACUGGAAACUCAUUUACAAUCCAUGUGGCCACGGUUUGAGAAUACACUGUAUGUUCCCCGUUUGCAAAUGCCAGACAGUGACUGGAUAAAGCGAUUAUCCAAAGCACUCGAAGGCGCUCCAUCGUUACUGGGAACGUUCAAAGAGCUGGUGGGUUAUCUCGGAGAGGACGAGCAUGCUGCAUCCAUGAACGAUGAUGAAUGCCAUGCAACGGCUUAUGAAGAACCCGCCUUUGCCAACGUUGAUAUUACGCACAUUCGAAAAUAUCCUCAACGACUGGCCAAAUUUCCUGAUGCCUACCCUCAGUUUUUCAUUAAUUGUGAAGAAGCCAUGAAGUCGACUCCACUUUCACCUUCUCGAACCCAGCGACACAAAUCACUGCAUUCGUCACCACCGCAGCAUGAUGAGGAUGCUUACACCCUGUUCCGACAAACAUUAUUCACUUCACGCGAUACAUUACCGGAUGAUGUAUGGGAAACCAAGAUUUACGAUCAGCUUGAUCAAUGGCCCAACUUGAUCGAUCAGUUAAAAGAAAUUGUCGCUUACGAGGUCGAAGACGAAGAGGAUGACGAGCAAUAGAAAAUCCAUUGGUAUCGUAUGCGAUAUAGUGUAAAUGAAAUGAACCUGCGGUUCAUUAAACUUGCUAUUCAAGACUGCGUGUAGUAACUCACUUCCCCUUCUCCUUUAACUAUUUUACCGCUACUCUUUUUUGUUUAGUUGACCUUUUUUCCAUCUUUGUUUUUUCUCAUGCAUUGUACAAUGUUUUAUUUUAUUUUUAUUUUUCGCCAUGUUUUUCCUUCGUAAUAUUGUUUUUUUUUUCUCUUUAUUUUUCAAAACAUGAUCAUCAUCUCGUGAGAUUCGGGUCAUUCAUCAACUCAAAAAAAAAAAGUGAGGGCACAUAUAAACAAAUGCAUAUGCACUCAAAAA